UCUUCCUCUUGUUGCCUCUCCUGACAGGUCUGGUCAGCGCUGACGUCCGAAACUAUGAACUCUACAAUACUCCGACAGUUGCUGACAUAUUGCCACCACCUGCAGAAUCUUCUUAUCAAAGCCACUGAUGCCAUAUCCGACAAACUUCUCUACGACAUUUGGCGGGAAAACGACAUGAAGCACCUCUCCCGCCUGACGAUCGACACCUGUCCCAACGUCACAGCGGAGGCCAUCCACCAACUACUCGACAUGACUAACAACCUCACACUCAUUAGACUCUGGGGUUGUUUCUUCAUCACUAAGAACGACGAAGCCAAACUCCAGAAGAGGAUUAAGGACGAAAACUGUGAUGUUUAUCUCGAGUGGUACUGUUGGGAAGGUUGAAUCGAGGUUAAACGUGGUUGUUCACGAGUUGAUGAUGUGGUUGGUGUUGUUUUUAUUUUCCAUAAUGGGGAUACGUGGGGAUGGUGAUUAUCGUGGUUUUAUGAAUUAUGGUAUAUUGGAUUUUUUUUUCUAUUUCUCUUUCUCUGGUUCUCAUUUUAUAAAUGUUCAGAUGCGGUUAUUAAUGUGUUGUGGUCGUUUGUUGGAAGUUGAAACUACUGAGGGAAUUGUGACUGGUAGUAGUAUUUUUAAUCAUAGAGAACUUUUAAGAUUUUUAAGAAAUACCAGUCAUAUCAUAGCAUCUCCUAUGUGUUUCUGUAGGGGUCUUAAUUAAAGAACAACACGUAUAGUUGACAAAUCAGCGUAACAAUCAACCAAGGUACAUAUAAGCAAGUAGCUCCAUUUCCAUAUAGUCUACUGAACCCAAAAAUGAAAUUUACUAUUUCCUAAAACUAUUUUGAUGGCUGUUAAUGGUAAGGAAAUCUUGGUUAUCAUAAAUAAAAGAUGGGAAUUUUGGUGUUACUUCUGGUAAGUAUGAAAAUAUAGAGUAUAUUAUAUAAAUAAUUAUGUAUAUAGCUAUAUCUGAUAUCUCACGGCGUACUCUCAUUGGCUAAAAAUGGCAACAUCAUUAGCUCCACCCCUAUUUUUAACCUAACAGUUAUUGCAAUAUUCUAUGUUAAGAGUUAUUUCAGUGCAUCUUUUUUUUUAUAAAUGGCUCAGUAAUAACAAUGAUUUAAAAAAAAACAAUCGAAACAAAACCCCCCAAAAGAAAGAAAAAAAAACAUGUAUAUUUGCAAUGAUUAAAGUGAUGAGGCGGGGCUUAGGUCGGAAGUUGCCAACUAGGUUUUUUUCAAGAUGGAGUGGUUAUACCUGUGUAAAGAUACCUUGUAGUCAACAGAUGAGUAAACUUCAUAUUAUGAGGUUGUGCAAUCUAUUUAUUUUACUACCGCGUUCAUUAUUGUGAUAUUUAUCUCCUGUUUCAUGGUUAACAUUUUACUCUUCGGUUCUUUGUACGAGCCUUUUAUAUAUAUGUAUUUAAAUGUUUUAACUUCAUUUGUUUAGAAUGAGUUUAUUUGAAUCAUAUACCAUAUAUUAUAAAAAUCGACGAGGUUUGUUUACCAUUGAAUGGGAAGCCAGACGAUAGAAAACGAAGACUGAAGUGAAGUGGAGAAUUUUUAUCUUUUCUUGUAAAGAUGAAAAUAUACUUAAUUUUCAUUGAUAUGAAAAUUAUUACCUCCAUUUAUUUAUCUUGUGAUAGUCCCCAUAACUUAUCAAAAAACGUUUUUACGUUAUUUGGGAAUGAGAAAAUUUCUCGUUCGACUUUUUUUUUAACGAUUACAAAGCCUUUGCGUGAUUUUGGAAGGGGAGGCUAAUGUAAUUUGUUUUUCAAUCUGCUUGUUUGUAUAUUUUGACGAGACUAAUUUCUUACUUUUCUAGCAUUGUCAAGUCUCUUAUGGGACGAUUUUCACUGAAUUUUUCUUACUUUUCUAGAACUAGUGAUCUACAUGGUGUUAUUUGCACCGUGACGUGUUGUUGGUAGUGCCAAAUAGUCAAUUUAGGAAAUGGCUUUUACUGGUUGUCUUUCCCGGUUUCUCUCUAGACUGGAAUCAACAGGCAAAUUAUAUUAACCACGAUAAGAUGUUAGAGGCUAGGGCUACUAAGUGUUCAAAAGGAGACAGGUUUAACCGCCAUCUAUUAAUAUUUUUAUUAUUAUUAAUAGUUUUAUUAUUAUUAAUUAAUAAUUAAUAAUAUUAAUUAUUAUUAAUAUUAUUGAUUAAUAUCAUUAAUUAAUAUUAUUUAAUUAUUAUUAAUAAUAUUGAUUAAUUAAUAAGGACUAUUAAUAGUUUUAUUCUGGUAUGAAGUUCAUCCAUAUUGCAGUAGGUUAGAUUUUUUGAGUCGUGAACACAAGCAUGCACAAAAGUCAGACUACAACAGAAGAAAAAAACGUUCUUUUGUUGAUAUGCACUGACGUAGGCUAUAGACGAAGAAAACUGGAUAAUCAUAAUAAUAAUAAAAAAAAACAUAUAAUUGCCGGCUAAUCUUCUGAAGAGCUCUUUUGCAUAUGCCCCCACUGUAGGUUCUAAUAAAGCUAUCAGUAUUUGCCAAA